GAACACAUAUUGCCCACCGAGUGUGCACGUGCGUGUUUUGAUUGUAGCGAUUUCAAUCGAAUCAGGCAAUUGUGGAUGAAAACUAUGCCCGCCGCCCCCGCACCCAGCAGCAAUGGGAGGCCCACGGAGCCCCACAAGUCCUGGAAGAAGGUGAACGAAGAGCGGAAGGCGCUAAAGCGCCAGCGCAAGCAGGACAAGCUGCUCAAGGAGCUGCAGCUAGCCAAAGAGGCAGAAUCACAGGCGGAGCAGGUCGCCAAUGAGGUUCAGGCGAAGGAGCAAGCCAAUCCUUCCACGCUGAGCAUAGCUGUGCCCGGUUCCAUUCUCGAGAAUGCCCAAUCCAACGAGUUGCGGGCCUAUGUGGCUGGUCAAAUAGCCCGGGCCGCCUGCAUCUUCCGGGUGAACGAGGUAAUCGUCUUCGACGACGUGGGAAUAGCCACCGCCCGGGAAACAAAGCGCAGUUACGAGGCAGAUGCGGAAGGCAGUGGCACUGGCACUGUACGCAGCAGCUCUCUGCAACUGGCCCGAAUUUUACAGUAUCUUGAAUGCCCGCAGUAUCUGCGAAAGUACUUCUUUCCGCUACACAAAGACCUUAAGUACUCUGGCCUGCUGAAUCCGCUGGACACACCGCACCAUCUCCGGCAGCAGAGCAAAUUCCGGUAUCGUGAGGGCGUCAUCUGCGACAAAAAGGCCAAGGAAGGACACAGCUACGCCAACGUGGGGCUGCUUAACGACGUUCUAGUGGACAAGGCUAUAGAACCAGGCGUCAGAGUGACUGUGAAAAUGGAACAUCAAAGCGAGAACUGUAGAAAGCAGCGGGGAACACUAGUUAGUCCGGAUGAACCACGUCGGGAAACAGGUGUUUAUUGGGGCUACCAGGUGCGCAUCGCACACUCCCUGUCUGAGAUUUUUACCAAAUCACCCUACGCAUCCGGCUACGAUGUUACGCUGGGUACCUCGGACCGCGGAACCAACGUGCAUGAGGUUCCCAACCGAUCUUAUAGCUUUAAGCAUAUGCUCAUUGUUUUUGGCGGACUACAAGGCCUAGAAUCUGCCUUGGCCAACGACGAAAAACUGACCGUAGAUGAUCCUGAGCUGCUGUUCGACCACUAUGUAAAUGUUUUGCCACGCCAAGGAUCUCGAACCAUUCGCACCGAGGAAGCCUUGCUGAUUGCUUUAGCGGCUCUCCAGGAGAAACUGCAACCCCAAGUGGCUGAUGUAGAGGCCGAUUUGAGUGAUCUGCUACCUAAAAGUGAGGAUACAGGCAUUUCAGUACGCCGAGAUGUUUUAGUUAGCAAAAAGCAGAAGAAAAGGAAGCAUGUAGAGGACACUCCUGAAGAAACAGUCGUUGAUGAACCUCCGUCUCCAAAACCAUUGCCGAAAGUGACUCGACUGAAGGCCAAUCCUUUUGCCAACUCCUCCGAUGCGUUAGCGAAAAGCACCUCGGCAGAAGACGAUUUUGAAGUGGUUUCUUCCACCACCGUUUCUGGAACAAGCCACUCGUGUGCAGAUAAUGACUUAAGUCGGUUCGAUUAAUUGGAAUAGUUUGAAUUUUAUUUUUGUAAAUAUACAUUUCCGUAUGUGUUGCUUAAA